AUGGGGCGGCGGGCGCUGCUGGCCGGCCGGGCCCCGCUCCACCUGCUGCUGCUGUGCCACGCCUGGGCGCUGCCGCCGCCGCCCCCGCGGGACACACAGCCCGUGCUGCCCGCCCGCCUGCCCGCGCCCCCGGGGCAGCUGGCCCUGCGCCUGGCCGCCUUCGGCCGCGCCGUGGUCCUGCGCCUCCGCCCCGACACCACGUUCCGCCCCCGCCUCCGCCUCCAGCGCCUGGGCGGCCGCCGCCCGCCAACGCCGCCGACGCCGCCGCGCCGCGGCUGCUUCUACGCGGGCGCCGUCGAGGGCAGCCCCGACGCGCCCGCCGUGCUCAGCAGCUGCGGCGGCGGCGGGCUGCGAGCCGCCUUCCUGCUGGACGGGGCGGCCUACGAGCUGCAGCCGCUGCGGCCGGCCGCGCCCGGGCCGCCCUGGGGCCGCCUGCACCGCCUGAGGCGCCGCGCGGCCCCGCCGGGAGCGCGCCCCCGGCCCGGGCCCGAGCCCGGGCCGCGCCGCAGGGCCCCGCGCUUCGUGUCGCAGGCCCGCUAUGUGGAGACGCUGCUGGUGGCUGACGCGUCCAUGGUGCGAUUCUACGGCGAGGACGUGGAGAACCACAUCCUGACCCUGAUGUCCAUGGCAGCUCACAUCUACAAGCAUCCCAGCCUGAGGAACUCCAUCAGCCUGGUGGUGGUGAAGGUGCUGGUGGUGGAGGAGGCAGCAGCAGGGCCCGAGGUGUCUGACAAUGGUGGGCUCACCCUGCGCAACUUCUGCAGCUGGCAGCAAAGGUUCAACCCCCCGAGCGACCGGCACCCGGAGCAUUACGACACUGCCAUCCUCCUCACCAGACAGGAUUUCUGUGGCCACCAAAGCUGUGACACGCUGGGCGUGGCGGACAUCGGCACCAUGUGCGACCGCAACAAGAGCUGCUCCGUGAUCGAGGACGAGGGCCUGCAGGCAGCCUACACCCUGGCUCAUGAACUGGGCCACGUGCUCAGCAUGCCCCACGACGACUCCAAGAACUGCGAGCGGCUCUUCGGGCCCCUGGGCGAGCACCACGUGAUGGCCCCGCUCUUCAUCCACCUGAACAAGAGCCAGCCCUGGUCCCCGUGCAGUGCCAUGUACCUCACUGAGUUCCUGGAUGGGGGGCAUGGUGACUGCCUGCUGGAUGCCCCGGCCGAGCCCGUGUCCCUGCCUGCCGAGCUGCCUGGCCAGAGAGCCCUGUACAGCCUGGACCAGCAAUGCCAGCAGAUCUUUGGCAAGGACUUCCAGCACUGCCCCAACACCACGGAGGAGGACAUUUGUGCGCAGCUGUGGUGCAGGACGGGCAGUGGGGAGCCCCUGUGCCACACCAAGAACGGCAGCUUGCCGUGGGCUGAUGGAACCCCCUGCAAAGCCGAGGGGCUGUGCUGGGAUGGGCGCUGUGUGCAGCAGGAUGCCGUGAAACCCCAGGCGGCGCUGGACGGCGGCUGGGGCCCCUGGAGCGCAUGGGGCGCGUGCUCGAGGAGCUGCGGGGGAGGGAUCCAGUUCUCCCACCGCCACUGCGACAGCCCCCGGCCCCGGCACGGCGGCAGCUACUGCCAGGGCCAGCGAGCCAAGUACCAGUCCUGCCACACCCAGGAGUGCCCGCCCGAUGGGAAAAGCUUUCGGGAGCAGCAGUGUGAGAAGUACAACAGCUACAACUUCACUGACCUGGAAGGGAAUCACUUGGAGUGGGUUCCUAAGUACGCCGGAGUGUCCCCCCGAGACAGAUGCAAACUCUUCUGCCGAGCCCGAGGGAGGAGCGAAUUCAAAGUCUUUGAGGCCAAAGUGAUCGAUGGGACGCUGUGUGGCCCAGAGACCCUCUCCAUCUGUGUCCACGGGCAGUGCAUCAAGGCUGGCUGUGACCACGUCAUUGGCUCCUCCAAGAAGCUGGACAAGUGUGGGGUGUGCGGUGGCAAUGGCUCCACGUGCAGGAAAAUAUCCGGCUCGCUCAACAGAUCCAGGUACGGCUACAAUGACAUUGUCACCAUCCCCGCCGGAGCCACCAACAUCGACAUCAAACAGCGCAGCCACCGCGGGCUCCGGCACGACGGGAAUUACCUGGCCCUGAAGACCCUUGAGGGCAAGUACCUGCUCAAUGGAGACUUUGCCAUCUCAGCCAUGGAGCAGGACAUCCUCAUUAAGGGCACCAUCCUGAAGUACAGCGGCUCCAUGACCACUCUGGAGAGGCUGCAGAGCUUCCGACAGCUCCCAGAGCCCCUGACCGUGCAGCUGCUGACCAUUGCCAGCGAGAUCUUCCCACCUAAAGUCAAAUACACCUUCUUCAUCCCCAAGGACGUCCCUUUCAGCAAGCAGAAGGGCAAAGAGAAGAAGUCAGUCAACGUCAUCCGACCGAUGCUGACCUCUCAGUGGGUGCUGGGGGACUGGUCCGAGUGCUCCAAGACGUGUGGCUCCGGCUGGCAGCGGCGGACGGUGGACUGCCGGGAUGUGGAGGGUCAAACCUCCUCUGCCUGCAACAGAUCCCUCAAGCCUGAGGACAUCAAGCCCUGUGGAGACGUGCCCUGUCCUCUCUGGCGCCUGGGUCCCUGGUCCCCCUGCUCCCAGACGUGCGGCGAGGGUGUGCGGACGCGCAGCGCCUCCUGCAUCGACUACGCCGGGAAAAUCACCGCCCCCGAGAAAUGCAGCUCACCGGGACCGCCCCCGGCCACCGCCGCCUGCCUGCUGCGGCAGUGCUGAGCCACGGCGGGCUGCAGGAGCCCAGGGUGCCACACAGCACUGGGGCAGGACAGCCAGGGUGCCAUGGGCUCCUCCACACUGGGGCAGGACAACUAGGGUGCCACACAGCACUGGAGCAGGACAGCCAGGGUGCCCCGGGCUCCACCACACUGGGGCAGGACAGCAAAGGGGCCACGGGCUCCUCCACACUGGGGCAGGACAGCCAGGGUGUCACGGGCUCCUCCACACUGGGGCAGGACAGCCAGGGUGCCCCGGGCUCCACCACACUGGGGCAGGACAGCCAGGGUGCCAUGGGCUCGCUCUCCAGUGCUUCAUCCCCACCACAUCGAUGUCUACCUCAGUGGAGAGAAUAACAGCAGCAAAACAGGGAGGAAUCACUUCUUUUCCUUUCUUUCUUUCUUUUCUUUUCCUUUCUUUCUUCCUUUUCUUUCUGGCUGGCUGCUCGCAGGCAAGUUGUAACUUAAAGGGAAAAAUAAGCAGGUCUGUAGGGUGUUUCCAAAGAGCUGGAUGUGGUUGCAAAUUGCUUUUGUAAGGUUUGCUGGGGUUUGGCACUGGAGAAAAUGGGGAGCCUGGUUUUGCUGUCACCCCAUCCCAGCUGCAGGUCAAGGAGGUCCAGGGUGGAUGUCUUUGCUGAUAAAACUGGGAUCUCUUCACAAAAGGCAUGGAAUGGGUUGCCGUCCCCUCCCUGCAGCAGUGUGGGUGUCCUGGAGCAUGAGGAGUGUUUUAUCAGCUGUGGGUUUCACUUGGGAGAUAAAUUGCUUGUGUGAAUGGGAGAAGGAGUAAGCUGAGAGCCAGAUCCUAGCAUGAAUCAGGCAGGAGGACAGGUGAGAGGUGGUUUCUGCUGGAUUUAUAAUCUACAAGGUGACAAACCUCUGUCUCCAAAUACCCCCAGCAUCUCUGGUUAUUCCUAGAGCUGUUACCCCACACCUCUGUUUCCCCAGCUAUAAAACCAGGGCUUAAUUACACCUGAUCUGUCUUACAGGGCCACUGUUAGGAUUAAUUAAUUCUUAAUUCUGCAGUGCUCUGACUUUGAAAUGCCUAUUGUGAUGCCCUCUGGAGCAGGCACUCUGGUGUGCCAGCGUUUCCUUUCCCACCCUUGUCCUUCAGUCCCCUGUGGGCUCAUUUUUUCAGCUCUGCUGUAAUUUUGGAGAUAAUUCACUAGCCUGGUUUGCAGCAGGGAUGAGCCCAGGAUCUGUAGAUGGUGCCAGAGGUGACCAGUGCUGCUCUUCACCUCUGCUUUCCUGGGAUAUCUGAGAAUGCUCAGAUCUGGUGCCAGCUCCAGCCUUGCUUGAGCAGUUCUCGGUGCAGAGCCAAGCCUGGCAAGGCUGGAGCUGCUCUUUCCCAGUGGGAAGCAGCCCCAGCCCUCUCCCCAGCCCAGCUGCUGCCUGGCCCCAGCACAGAUGGCUGUUCAGACCCUGAACUUUGCCCUUUCCACAGCAAUCACUGGCCAUGUGCUGGCAGCAGCCUGUGCCUGGGGAGCAGGGAUGGAACUUGGAAAGAUUUUGCUAUUGCUGGAUGAGCAAUUCAGUAUCUCCAGGCUCCUCUCAUACCCUGCCUUGGCUUCCUUUUUGGCAGCAAAAUGUUGAAUUUCCAGUGGGAUCUGCCUUUUUCUCAUAGGAAGGGGAGGAGGGCUGGAAUUUUUGAUGUGUCAGAUUCCCCAUUCACAUUUAUGGAGCAAAUCCUUUUCCUUGUCCCUUUUGCCUGAGCGAGCCAAGCUCGUGUGAGACCCUUUCCAGGCUGUCCAGACAGGUUUGGAAUGGGAUGGUGGGAUGAGCUCUGAAGACAGAAACCUCACUAUUCACCUCAAAACAUGAAAUAUUCCUGUUUUAUCUUCCAUACAUCAUGAUUUCUAUCAAAACCACAGGAGCUACAGCCCAGGACUGAGGGUUUGAGUGCUUGAUUCCUUUGGUUUUUUUAGGAAAGGAAGAAAAACCUGAAGGCCAGCUGCAGAGUUUGGAUGCAGAGCUGUUUGUGCUGUGGUACAGACCUACCUUUGGGCAGUGUUCUACAUCUGCUAAUUAAUCUCCAGGAAUUUAAGUUCUAACAAAUAGCUGGAUGCUAAAGUCAUGUAGCCUUGCAGGGUUAUUUUCUUUUUUUCCCCUCUGAGUCUGCAAGGGUUUUAAACUCAAAGCCAGCAUGUGUUUCCUCUCCAGUGUCAGCACCAGCAUUUAGGAUGGGUCAGGAACAUCAAUCUGAGGCAGUGCCAAGGAAAAUGUCUGUAUUUAUCACCCAGGAUAAUGUGUGCAUGCCAAGGGGCUUUUCCAGGUUUUUAUAAUCACUGCGUGGCUGCUUCACUGGAUGUAAAAAUUCCUUGUUUAGGGCAAAUCCUGCUGCUUUUCCAGCGAGGGGGAAGGUGGGGAUCCCCCAGGAGGGGGGACCAGAGGCAGUGAUGCUCUGCUGAGGUGUGGGUGAUGCUAAGUGGAAUUCCUGCCCCAGGUUUCUGUAAAAACAAGUAGCCUUUACUCUGAUUUAAGUCAAAGAGGUUUUAUAUAUUAGGCUAUAUAUAUAUAUAUAUAUAUAUAUAUGUUUCCCUUCAGUGAAGGAUUGUAGCAAUGUACUGAGCCUCUUGUGUUAGGUAUUUAUUACAAAUUUCUGUUUGGUUUUGUACAGUAGCUGUCUGGAAAGGAGAAAAAAAAAGAAGAAGGAAAAAAGAGAUUUAAAAGACUGUGUUUUAACAUGCUGCUCCCACAUCCCCUCUCUGGAAGCUGCAGGGAGCUCAGAGAAGGGAUGUCUUUGCUCAUUGUUUAUCCACUCUGGUAUCUGACUGGUGUUUCCCUCCUCCCUGGUGUACCCACCAAGCUGUGUAAGCAUAACAAACCCAACCAAAAUUAAGCUUUGGAAUUCAUUUUAAGGAGAGGGGGGAAAAUACAAUUUUCUGAUUUUUAUCCUAUUGUCUGUAUUUGUUUUAAAUUUUGAAAACAGUCUGUUUGUGGCUCUGCCUU